UAGCAACUGAUUAGGCGUUACCAGACUCGGCUGCAAAUUCAUGAGUGCGCUUUUCUUCUCGGAGACGGCCCCGUCCAGUCAAGAGACGGAGAACCAGCCACUGUGAUGGGCCAUGGGGGAAUAGUUUAUGAAGGACGAUAAACCAGAUGUCUUUUUCCAUCUGUUUGAGUUGGUGUAGUGGAGCUGGACGCACCGACCUGAAGAACAUCGCUUCUCUGGUGCUGCUGUUGUUGCGUUACGUUACCCAGCAGCAGACAACAUGGCUGAGGAUGACUGCGAGUGGGUUGUAGAGAGCAUCGUCGGCUACCUGGGAAGUCCCGAAUGGCUCAUUCCUGUCACGGACUUUAUGGAAAACAAAUGCACAGUUUUUGAUGACGAAGAUGAAAAUAAGUUAUCAUACACAGAAAUCCAUCUGCAGUAUAAGAAAUUGGUGGAGAAGCUGUUAGAUAAUUACAUGCAGGAGGUUGGCAUUAAUGAGCAGCAGUUUCUGGAGGCCUGCACCUCUCCUUUUGCCAAGUCCAAAACUCUGCAGUCGGUGUUCCAGCCUGUUCUGGCUGCAGAUGACUUUCAGCUGUUUCGCUCACUGAUGGUCCACAAGAAUAUGGAGCUGCAGCUUCAAGCCCUCAGAGUCAUUAAAGAAAGGAACGGGGCCCUCCCAGAGUGUCUGACUGAUGGUAUGGACGUGAUGACAGAGUUGCAGCAGCAAGAGAUGAAAAUCCUGCAGGAGGUUCUCAAAAAGUCAAAGGAAGAGUAUGAUGAGGAAAUGUCCAGGAGGCUGCUAUUAGAGGAAGAGGGUGGUUCCACCUCCAGCAGCUCCUCUGAUAAGCCAAUGGCAGAGAGCUGUGAAGCCCAGAAUACCACCUCUGCUCCCAGCCAACAAAGCAACACUGCCAAGGUCAACAGCAAACCUGUGAGAAACGAAGAGAGCAAGGCAGCAGCCCCUGGAGAUGUGAAAAGUGCAGCUAAGAGCAGCUCCAUGUCUACACCCACACCAGCUUGUGGCAGUAACGGUAUGGAGUCCAGAGUGCUUCCAGCAGUGAGAGCUCCAGUAAAGUCUGGUGAACCCUCCGCCAGCCUCAGUCCUGAUGCCAAGGAGCAGAGCAGUAGCAGCCGGACUGCAGCUGAGGCGUUGCUGGAGGAGGCACACAGGGAGGCUGGCUUCUCUAAGCCAUAUACUGAGUUAUCAGCGUCUCAGCAGGAGCAGCUCCAGCAGAGGGUGGCAUAUCUGCGUCAGCAGCGAGACAAGCUGCAUGCACUGAAAAAAGACCAGCAGAAACCCAAGCAGACAACCACACCAGAGGAGACACCUACACGAGAGGAGACACCCACCAGCACCCCGGAGGCAGUGGGGCAGUCCCAGAGGAAUGGGGCCUGUACCCCUCCACCUCCUCUUACAUCUCCUACUCCUCCUCCAGCACAACACUCUGCUAACUCCACCAAACAGAAGGAGAUAUCUGCUGAGGAGAAGAAGAAGCUACAGAAGAGAAAACAUAUAGCUGACAAGCUCAAAGAGGAAGUGAUCAAGAAAUGACUUCUGUCCAACUGCAAUAUUCCCAUUUAUAACCUGUUUGUUUACUUUGUAAAUCAAACACAUUGCUUCCUUUACACUGCCUCCUUCAACCAGAAAAUUCACUUUGCGUAACACAGAUCAAGGUUUUUCCAAAGAAACAUAAAAAGGUCUUCCUUCCUCAAAGUUCUUCUCAUUGCUGCCUGCAGAGGAAGCAUGUACAACUCCUAUAUUUUGGAUGUACCAGCCUCCACUCAUAAGAGAGCACUCAAGUAUUCUAAGGUCAUGUCUGUCAAGUGAACUGAAAAGCACACGGACCAGUUAAGCAAUAUUCUGCCAGUGUUACUGACUUCCUGAUGACUCGUCUGGAUUUUUGCUUUUCAUCACUACACACACCUGGGCUGUGUCCAAAGCACUCCUUAUUUGCUAUAGUGCACUACAUUUACUUUAAUGACAUUCUGGAGUUUCAAUUCUGUGUGCAAAAUCAAUGGACUAUAUUGUGCCCUCAAAAGGCCACAUUGGAAUUGUUUGAAUUGGAAAAUGUGUUCACAGCAUGUACACUACUUGCUAAAAAUCUUCCAAUGCAUUGCAUAACUAUCAAUAGAUGUGUAAAUGUGUGUUAUGCAACACUACACUGUUCAGUAAUGAUAUAAAAUCACAAUAACUGAGUUUCUGCUGGCUAUAGAGUAAACUAGUGACUUAUGUUGGAAAUCCCCGAGAUUGUUUUCUCAGACAUCAGUCAAAAACGCAAUAAACUGACCAUGUGGUGAAUCAGACUCGACGUUAAGACACAUCUGGCCUGGAGUUUUAUCAGUGAGUUAAGGGUUAAUGCUGGUGAAAAGACUUGAUUGGCAGAGUCCUACAUUGAGUUGAUGGCAACAUUAGCUAGCACAAGUGUGCAGUCUGGUUUUCCACUUUUAGCAUUCCCAGAGGGAACAGUCAGGAGGUACAUUGUGUAGCUGACAACACUGUAGCAGCUCAUCCUAGUUAAAGAGCACACUGAUGACAAUACUGUUGUAAAGGGGCCAAGGGAACAGUAUGUCACUUUCCAAGAGGAAUGCAGUAUUUCAUGUAUGUUGUUUAAUAAAUCACAUUUUAUAAAAACGAA